UCCUGCUACGAUCCAGUGGGGAGGAGGUUAUGUCUUGGCGCUGCUUUGCAUUGCAUUUAUACCUUUUCGAGCUGUUGGGCACCCAUUUCCUCUGGGGGAAACGAACAAUGGCGAGAGCGACACCAGCUGGCGCCACCGGUGGAGAGGUUGCUGUCCAGAUUUGUGCUGAGGCGGCUGCUGCGGACGCCGCAGCAGGUGGCGGCGGCGAGUCGCAGCGGAGGGAGCGGAGGCUGAACCGCUUCGUGUGGGUGGUUGCCCUCGGCGAGUGGGCGGGGAACGCUUUCGGCGCGCUGGCUUUCGUAUGGGCGACCGCGGUCUUGCUCGGCGGCUUCUGCUCUGAUCUCAAGCCACAGGAUUUCCGGUUUGCCACCGUGAUUAUCUUCAUAGAAGCCUUCAGGAUUUUUAGCCGCAACUACAAAUUGGACAACCAGUCCUUGUUCGGGACCACGAGGGCACUUAGGUGGAUUAAUGUGUCCUUCGCUCACAUGUUGGGGCGGCCGCAGGAAGGGAAUGAGGAACGAGAUCCUCUGCGGUCGGCGGAUGCUGACUUUUCUCUGCAGUCGCCGCAUGGGCUCGAUCGGGCUCACCUCUUCACCCUCUUGGGGUCCCGGAUUAGCUCCGUGGAGGCGGCAGCCUGCCCCGUCGCUGGCGCCUCCGCAUCCGCGGCCUCAUUCCGCUCGUCAUCGCAGCCAUUGGUGGCGCCGCCCGUGGGGGCACCGCCGCCGCGCUUGUCGCCGCCGCCAUCGCUGCUGCCGCCAUUCUCGGACCUCGGCGCGGACGACGACCCGCCGCCAGCCUCGUCGGGGAACAUGGACCUGAGCUGGUCGUCGUCGAGGGGCUCGAACUCGCCGGCCGCGCUGUCCGCGGGCGCCACCUCGACGAAGGCCACCGAGUCGCUGAGCGACCUGCGGGAGCAGCGCGCGAGCCAUCUGGGAGCGAGGCGUUGGAUUGCUGCUGGACGGUGGAUCACGGCGACUGCAGAGGAAAGUCAGCAUCCAUCGACUGCAGAGGAUCUCGUUCCGGGACCUGAAGUGGUGCUGACCAUGGGUUUGUGGAUAGACCUCAUUAACUGGUUGCCGGUGGAUGAAUCGAUUUUCCUGGUCAUUCUCCAGGCAGUGUUACUGAUUGUUAUGAGCAAGAUGGAGAUACAUGGUUAUCCUCAGCUGACGAAUCGGUCCCGGCGGCGCAGACGAUUGUUGCUGGGGGCUGUCCUGGUCGCCUUCCUAAUCAUUUAUGGUCUUGACUCAUCAAGCAAAUAUCGGGAAUUUCUCGAAUCCCCGUCAGAAGAUGAUGAUGAUCAUCAUUUCUAUAGCAUGCCCGCACAGUUUUCCUCCGCGUCCACAGAGAUACUGACACAGGUGGUGGCAGCGUUGCUGCUCAUUUUCAGACCCCAAGUAGUUGCCAACUUAACAAAUACUACUUACGGCCGCCCCCUAUUGUCUCUGGCCAAAGUGAUCUCAGUCGUAAGCCUGGGUUUUGGCUCUGUGGUGACCACCGUGUUCGUGUGGCAACCUGCACUUGUCAUUAACUUCGUCGGCAGUAUAAUCACAGCAUUCACAGUAGCGGUUCUGUCGCUAGGCAGCCUGACUCCGGCAGCGAACAACACUCUGCUUGGUGCCCGCUGGAUCGAUGUCAUGAUGCACAUAUUGUACCUUUGGUAUUUGCUGCUACCAAUCCCGGCCUGGAUUUUCCAUGAUUUUUUUGGGGGGUCCCGCCGAAUCGCAAUUAUUGCCACCGGCCUCUCAUUCGUUCUCUGGGUAGCAGUGCUGCUGAUGGAGAACUUGCAGAUCCCGGCGGCCGCCCUUCAGGUCUUGCUCUCAUCUUCAAGGUUCCAUGGCCUGCAGACUGACUACGGCCAGCCGCCGCAGGACAGUUCUACUAGCCCAAACCUGGUGCCGGCAAUCAGAGUCUUCUACGUGCUGGCGCUGUGCGAAGGGUCACUCUACAUCACCGCAAGCAUUCUCGGGCUCUUCUCCUUCUUCCCACGCAGAUCGCUUGUCCGUCACUUGAAACUCAGCGGUCAACAAGGAGCAAAAGCCAUCGAUCUCUACUACGAGUGUGCCUACUCAACAUGCAUGGACACCGGCCUGUUUGCCGCAAAGAAGACGCUGAGCCUCGCCGGCUUCGCCACGGAGUCCCUGAGCUCCGAUUCCAGUGAGGUGAGGCUAGCUGGUGCUCUUGUCCUUAGCAACCUCCUGAAUGAAAGGGAAACAGAUUAUUCCAGCCAAGAGCUGAGGUCAAGAAUCAUCAGCUCCAACAAAACCGUGUCCAUGUUGGUUCGCAUGCUCGGGUGGGCAGAUGGACGAAACAGAGAUAUCAGGUUGGUCGCCACUAGGAUCAUCACCAAUCUGGCUGACAGUCUCACAAUUUCUGAGGUCCCGGGCAUGCUAAAGUUGGUGUCCUCGCUCCUCGAUGCCGAUUAUCAACCAGCAAACAAUGAACCAGAAGGGAGACAAGAUUCCUUGCUCGAGUCUGCCACAAGCGUCGUCAAUGGACAGAGGGAUCAAGGAAGUUCAGUGCAGGCAGUUCCUGGAAAUAAUGGAGGGUGCUAUUGGUUACGGCGGUGUUGGCUGCGGACGAAAGAGAAGUGGUCAGUUGUUCUGGAGGAGCAGCCCUUGACCCAUCAGGAUUCACUCAACAUCCCGGGCAUGGUAAUCCUCGAGAGGCUUGCUCAUGAUCCUGACAACUGUGCAGAAAUUGCCAAAGCCACGUACCUCAUUUCCAAGAUCAUAAGGCUCAUAAGAUACCCCACCGACAGAGAAAGCAGCAACGACCACGUGCAGCAGCAUCAGCAUGCGGUGAUAUUUUCAUCUCUGAAUUUUGUGAGGCGGCUUGCAAUCACCGGGGAGACCACUGGGGAAGCAAUCCGGCAAGAGCUGUGCAGGAACUCCUUCUUGCUGAACAACCUCGAAUGCGUCUUGGAGUUGGAGGACAGGCGCAUGAGCACUGAACUAAUGAAACUGGUGUUUGAGAUCCUAACCAAGCUGGCCUUCGACGAGGACGCAAGGGAAGAGAUUGGGAGCUCCAAGGUGACUAUUUCCAAACUCAUGCAUGCUUUUAUCGGGAAAGAUGGACCAACCGACGCGUACUAUGAUCAGUCCCUGCGAAUGCCCGCAGGGGAAGCACUGGCAAACCUUACAAUAGAGAGCCCUGCAAAUUGCCUGGCCAUCUUGGAGGAACCAGGAUACAAACUUAUCAAGGAUCUCAAGGACAUGCUCUGUAAAGAUGAGUAUAGAUAUGUAGCUGCAAGCCUACUGCAGAAUGUUUGUGCGCAUUCCAGAGAUAAACUUGGCCACCAUCAAGGUGCAGGUGACCACCUGUCGUCUUCCUUACCAAUGCUGAUGGAGAAUAUAAUGUCAUCCGCGGGGGGCAAGCAACUGGAGCCCCUGAUCGGCCUCGUGUCACAAAUCGGUGAUGUGAUCCCGGAACCAUUUGCCCGUGAGCUGCAGCAUCAGCUACAAAGCAACGGAUCAUCAGGUCUUGUUCAGAAGCUGGUGGGCACACUCAACUCUAACAGGAAGCCAAAUCCUGAAUACCCAAGGAUGAGAAGGGUUAUAGUUGAGAUGGUGAUAUCGAUUGUGAAAUCUUGUCCUCGCUACGCCACUAUAUUCAGAGACAAGGGAAUGAUGGAAGCACUGAGCAAGGUAGAAAGGACCCCAUCCAAAGUGGAGAAGUACAGGGUCUUCUACGGCAACGUAGGCGUCGUUCCGGAGAGUGGCUCACCCCUCGCUGCUCUAGUGGCCACGGCAAAAGGGUUGUUGGUUCAUCCUGCAGCUCCAGCUUUUGGCGCCUAGCUAAGUCAUGCGUUGGUUCAUUCGGCAUAUGCAUGUGAGCGCAUUUAUACUGUGGCUGGGCCAUACAGCAGACCAUGGCUUUUUCUUCUCCUGUGCUCCUCAACUGAUUUUACUAUCAAGGCUUUCUAGUUGUAAUUGUAAUCAUUUAUUUCGGGGCCUUAUAGAUUGUACUCUUUGUACGGGAUGGAGGUAUCGUAUCAUAAAUAUUAUGUGUGUGUCUAUAUAUGUAUGU